AUGAUGACCCCCCUCGUGCUGGAAGUGCGGGAGCCCAAAGCUUGUGAAGGCCAACUGCCCGCAGUUGGCCCAGCCCGCGCCUCCCCCCACCUCGGUCAAGCACGGUGGCAUUGUGUUCAACAUCACUCUCCCCACCGGCGCCAACAUGGCCAGCAAGAUCCUGCAACUCUUCAAACUUUCCUUAACGAGUUCUACUCGUUGAACGUGCAAUAUUACGAGGGGAAAUUUACCGGAAUUUGGGCAUUGAUCCUCAACUAUGGAUUCGUCAAGGAAAUGACCAGAUGGAAGGUGUUCUGA